AUGCUUGAUUCGCACUGUUGCUCUGGGAAAGCUCGCGCGCCAGCGCGCUGGGCAGUCACCCAUCGGCGGCUUUUCGCAGGGCUCGCAUUCGAGCUCGACGGGCACGGUUGCAUCAGCAACUACAACAAGAGCAUCGAAUACUAUCCCGGUGAGAGGCGUGCUAUCUUCGGUGUUGUCGAUGGGUUCGCGCCGGCCGUCGCGACGUUCGCCACCGAUUUUGAGAUCGAGUACCGGAAGACGUACAAAAUCCUGCGCAAUCUCCUCUCCCAUGACGUCUAUGUUCUGCGGCAGUGCGGCACGCCCGCCGAGCUGCAAGAUCUGCCGGCGUAUGCAGUUGGCGCGACUGUGUUUGAGGUGCCGGUGUCGAGCUGGUCGACGGGCGGGACGAUUGCCGUCUCGUACCUCGAGGAGCUCGGCCUCGGACCUCAGGCGGCCAUCGUUGAUCCGACGUGGGUGACCUCGCCGUGCGUGCAGAAGCUCGUCGGCUGCGGCGUCACCGCUUCGUGGGACCAGGCGGGAGGAGGCCAGCAAGCCGGAGUGCUCCGCUCGCAUAGCGGAGCGACCACCUCUGGGCACAGCUGGUCGGAGCAGGUUGCCAGGAACGGCACCGGGUCGACGGGCACCGCCGUCGACGUCACAUUCGACGCGUCUUCCGACCAGUCGAUGCUAGGCCGCGCCGAGACGGAUGCAGAGAGGCAACACACCGGAGCUCACAGCCGCGCCGAGUGGGUCAAGUUCGCCGCCGCCUUCUUCAACAAGGAGGCGGAGGCGAACCUCUCGGCGACGGCGGAGUGGUGCUACCCACUAGAUGCUGCCGAGCAGCUGCCGAGCACGGACCAACGUAUCAACACGCGCAUCUCGGCGUCGGCCUACCUGAUCGAGGCGAUAGCAAAGGCGGGCGGCACGCCGCUCGACGCGUCCUCGUGCCCGGACGAUGACCCGCACGACUUCAAGUACCUGUGCUCCGACGCGCGCUCGCGAUGA